AUGUCCAAAGCCGUUUCGCAGCGGGCGUCUGCCAACUCGCUUCACAGCCGUCAGCAGCAGCACAAGAGGCACGUAUCGCUUCGCAAUCUACCAGACCAACCAGGCCCAGAUGACCAUAUUCCACCGGCACUUGCCCUAGAUGCACCGUCACCUGGCGAUUCUGCUUUCUCCUUCAGCUCGACCGAACAGCAUCUAGGCGUGGGGCCUUCCAGCAGCCACCAUGCGUCUCACGCGUCACACAGGCAUGCUUUUCCUGGAACAGCUCCAACCACUAGCCGCACUGGCAGUCACAUUCGUCGUCCAACCGAAGCAGAUGCACAAGAGAUCGACCGUCUGCUCGAAUCAGAAGGUGAAGAUGGCGUCAACCUCAUCAAGGUUGUCGAGCGGCAGGACGUAUUCCACCUCAUUCACGAAAUUCGUUCAGACCUUCGCAAAACCAUCGACACGCAUCUCAGCUGGGAGGAGCUCACCUCGGUCGAUCUUAACUUCUCGCUCGUACGCCCACUAGCUAUCAAGUACAGCAACUUUCGGUCGAUAGCCAUCCUUUACUGUCUCAUGCUGAAUCGCAUCUACUUUCAGCGUGAAGCGACGCGCGAUCUUGCCUUUCAAUCGGUCAACAACACCCGCUCAACGUUGUGCGAACUACUGGCCAUGAAGCUGCUUCGCACCUUUUCCAAUGACGGCCUUGAACUCGUCACUUCGCUCACAGCCAGUUUUCAUCCGCUAGCCGGUACUACGUACAAAGAGCUGAAAGAGAUGCAGCUUUCGUCGUCGUUUAUUGACUUGGACGAUAUUACCAAGCACGGCCUUGCUGCCAAGCAGUACUCGAACACGCUCGAAUUGGCGAUCGCUUCGUCUGCCAAACGCUUCAUCUCGACUCCGCUCUGUCAGCGCUGUAUCGACGGUAUCUGGCACGGAAAAGUCGUACUCUCACCCAUGCAGGCUUCGCACGCGAUUCUCAACGAUAGCUACAAGAAGCGUCCGCUCAGCAUCUACGAUCCCACCAAGGCACCUCUGCUCAAUCACUUGCGUCUCCGUGUGCCUUCGAUUCGCAGCAAGCUCGAAUUUACCACCUUUGUCGUCAUCCUCAUUCUCUACGUUGCUGCCCUGGCACAGAAGGGCAGCCCAACGUGGACCGUACAGGAGACACUCUUCUCGAUCUGGCUGUUUGGCUUUGCCGUUGACGAACUGGCACAGCUGCAGGAGCGUGGCUUGUCGCACUACCUUGGUACGCUCUACAAUCUUAUCGAUGCCAUGUUCUGCAUCAUCGGAUUCUUCUGGUUUGGCCUCCGAAUUUCGGCUCUUCAUCACGGUCUGCCGCAACGAAGCGAUCUCAGCUUUGACUGCCUGGCGUUGGGAGCAGUGCUGCUCUGCCCUCGAGUGGCAAGCUCGUUGGUGCAGGACAAUGUAGUGCUCCUCAGUCUCAAAGCCAUGCUGUCCGAUUUUGCUUUUUUCACUGUUCUCGCCAUGAUCUGCUUUUCCGGCUUUGCCUAUGCUUUUUACUCACUAGCGUCGGAAGAGCGUUGGACCUUUAAAGCUGUUCUCUGGCUAAUGCUCAAAGUAUGGUUCGGAAGCUCCUAUCUUGGAUUCGACGAAGCACAAAGUUUCUCCCUGACUUUUGGUCCGCCACUCAUGAUCAUCUACACCAUCAUGAGCAACACCUUGCUUCUGACCGUCCUCAUCUCGUUGCUCAGUAACACGUUCCAGGUCGUAGCAAUGAACGCCAACGAAGAAGCCAUGUUUCAAUUUGCUGUCAAGACCAUGUCCGGCAUUACUACGGAUGCCAUCUUUUCUUAUCAGCCGCCGCUCAAUCUGCUAGCGGUGGCGAUCGUCAUGCCGCUCAGCUUCCUUGUCUCGCCGCGAUGGCUUCACAAGAUCAACGUGUUUCUGAUCAGGUCGACGAGCUUCCACGUGCUGUUGAUCAUCCACUUUGCCGAGUUGAACGUGUUUGGACAUGGAAUCAGCUUGACGGCGGAAAAGGGGAGGGGUCUGUUGGGCAAGCUGGGUAUCUGGGGUUCGGGAUUGGAUGGGGCUAGUGCGGAUGUCAUUGAGGCCGCGUUUGAUUAUACGCCGCUGGAGGAUAAGGACGACUGGCAGGCAGAGAGUGCUUCGGGUGACGAGGCGGACGCUGAGCUCGAGGAGGACGCAGAGCACGAGCAUGUGGACAGCAAGACAAAGCGAGCAAGAGGUGGGCAGGAGGAGGGUAGCUGGCAGGAGGCGGCUGCCAAGCAUCUCGAGCACGACUUGACGCACGGGUCUCCACCCUUGCGAUCCUCCGCGACCGCUUCUAAAGAGCCACCGCCGCCGCAUCAGCCGACUUUGGAGGACACGCGAUCAACGCAAGAUGCACUGCCUCGCACUCAUACCCAAUCCUCGAUCGCCAAUAGUGUCAGCUCGCGGCGUGCGCGCGAAGCACCGGUCAAUCGAUCGGUUCACCUCUUACGACACGCACCCGAGCCCGAACCCGAACCUCGUGGACUCGGCUCGCUCAGCUCGCCUCUGGCGAAACUGUUCGGUGCUAUCGACCCAAGCAACUAUGAACGCGAUAUUCCACGACGUUCCGCCUCGAGACGUCGAGUUGAAGACGCGCGUUCACGAGAAUCCAGUCCAACGCGUCGCCCCACCAGGAUGCUGAAACGCUCCGAGUCCACCACCACCGCUGGAGCGUCCGGACUCGCUGCUAUCGGCGAACGCAAUACAUCCGCUGAUAACGCCGAGAUGGCUUUCAGUAGCAAGGACAGUGUCGAGGAUGAGCUCCGUGAUGUGGCGAGGAGGGUGCAGGACAUGGAGGCCAGAGCCAAGAGGAUCGAAGAUCUGCUCCUGCAGCUGCUGGAAAAGCAAACGAAGUGA